CCUAAGCUUUUCGAGACCUUUCUUUACAAAAAACCUGCUACUAGAGACUCAUGAAGAGCAGGUACUUGAUUCAGAAUCAUCGAGUUCGAUGAUACGCCAACUUUACGAAUACCAACCGCUGACCUGGAAAUAUUUGGUCGGUACCUAGUGUUCGUUCCAACCGUUUAAGUCAGAAGUCCUGCUGUGGGAAGACGUUUGUUUUGCACCUUCUUGUUUCCAGAGGCUUUCUGGGACAAGGAAUGAGUGGUCGUAGAAGAGGAAGAACCAUACUUAGUUUUGCGGCUUCUCACAUUGGCUGUUGCUUCCUGAUUAAGAGAAGGCAAUUGCCUUCCUCAACCGUUCCGGAGGCAUCCUUAAACGUCAAGCUGCCUGCAAUCUCUUUCCUGGAAUCCGCUCAAGUUGCCUCCUCAUCCUCACUUUUCUCUCCUCCUCUCCUAGUCUCAUCCCCGUCGCGAUCUCUUCUUGGGUGGUAGCCGAAAGGUCUUAGGACAACCCUCUCAGAGUCAUCACGUCUUGUCAUUCCUUAUUUCGGGUUGUCUCUUGCCACCAUUACGGAGACUCUUUUCUUUCGACCCUGGAUCUUUAUUCUCCAGAGUCUGUCUGGCAACCGGUCCUAUCCAUUCCAAGUCAGAUCUUUAUCGUCAGACCGUUGACUAUCCCUGGCCAUUAGGCUACACCUGGAAGCCUUCCAGUCUCUAUCUACAGCAUUAUCGUACCCAACAACCAAUAUCGACCAUACCGUACUAGCCACAACCACCACAGACACGUUAUUCCUAAGACCAAGCGGCCAAAUACACCUGCUUCAAUCCAAGCAGACAAUCGAAAAAUCUCUUUCGAGGGGGGGACAUUAUUCGGUUGGACCACACGUGGAAUGGAAAACUUGGUUGCCGAGGCACAUCACGACCCGGCCUCUGCAGUUGCAAGCUCUGCAUUGCCUUGUUUAGAGACCAUCCAUGCUCCCAGCUUACAAAAUCAUGCAAAGACAAUGGGGGGCGCUAAUGGCACAGUCGACCGCGUGUUGAAGCGAAUGCACAAGGGCAAAUUCAUCGGGGCCAUCUUCAUCCAUGCGGGUGCCGGUUUUCACAGUCACCAAAACGAACGAGUUCACCUUGAGGCUUGUAGCGAUGCCGCUUCCAUGGGAAUGAAGUUUCUGAAGUCUGGUGCCUCGGCUACCGAGGCCGUCGAAGCUGCUUUACGCGUCCUCGAAGACAAGGAGAUCACCAACGCCGGUUACGGAUCCAAUCUUUCAAUGGAUGGGACCGUCGAAUGCGAUGCAACGAUUGUCGAUCAUCUUGGUAGAAGUGGUGCUUGCGGAGCUGUCCCAAACAUCAGAAACCCGGUCUGCCUCGCAAAGUUGAUCUUGGACAAGAGCAGCCAGCCUCUGUCCUUGCGACGAGUCCCGCCAAAUAUUCUCGUUGGUGAGGGCGCCAAAAACUUCGCCUUGGAAAACGGAAUGCAAAGUGUUCCCAACGAGUACCUAAUCUCUAAAAACGCGCGUGACCGGUUUUUACGAUGGCAAGAAGAUCUUAGACGGGCCGAAGAGAAGCAGAAACAGACUGGGACUCGCAAAGCACCUGGAGAAGCGACUGAUAGCUGCCAGCAAUACGAGACAAUACCAACACCCGCCCGAAUGUACCAGAACCAACAGAGGGACCACGUCAGUGCUAUUCUCAGCGGUACAUGGAAUGAAGGCCAGCCUGAUUCACCACUGCGAGGUUCUCCGGCACUCGAACAGAUGCAGGGCCAAUACCAGGGGAGCCCUCCGUAUGGAUCAUCGCACUCUUGGGCGUCACCCUCACGGCAAACAAUAGAACGUUCUCCUUUGAGCCACGUUGGAGCUUCUGCGCCUUCUGCCAACAGAUCUCGACCUCACAUACUGCAAGAAGAAGGGCCCCUGACGGCGUCUUCCAGCCAGCUGGCAAAUGAAGGAAAUCGUGAUGGCACCAUAUCCCCUCUGUGGACAGAUGGAACGAAGUUGGCAAGCACCAUUGCACAGCUCCAGGGCUGCAGUACUCGCGGACUUAAGCGACCAUUUUCUGCAACCGAGCUGGAGCACGAAGAUGUCAUCACCGACACCGUUGGAGCCAUAGCGAUUGAUGAGAGGGGGCACAUCGCGGCGGGCUCCUCUUCCGGUGGCAUCGGAAUGAAACAUCGGGGGCGCAUAGGUCCCGCUGCUCUGGUGGGCAUUGGCACAGCUGUCGUGCCAUGCGACCCGGAUGACCCAGACAAAACCAGCGUGGCAACGGUCACCAGUGGCACGGGAGAGCACAUGGCCACCACUAUGGCAUCUCAACGAUGUGCUGAAAGGAUCUAUGGCAAUACCCGCCGAGGACCGGGCGGCAGAGAUGUUGAGGAGUGGGACGAGGACGCCAUUAUGGAAUCCUUCAUCACGAACGACUUCAUGGGCCAUCCCGGCGUCAGGAAUGGCAACUCGAUCGGGGCGAUUGGCGUGAUGACAGUCAAGAAGACGCGGGCUGGGUAUUAUUUAUACUUCGCCCACAACACUGACUCGUUCGCGCUGGCUUCCAUGAGUGGUUCCGACAGAGAGCCCGUAUGCGUCAUGUCCCGCUUGGGCGAGUCUGCUCAAGUUACUCGGGGCGCCCGAAGGAUACGGGUCGAUCAAGGAACAUGAUAACAAAGGCGUUGGCGUGGUUAGCGACUUAUGGGUGCGGCCAACAACGAAGUGGUAGGUAGGCAAUCCUGGGCCAUGUUGCGGUGGGCAUGCGUUGAUUCGCGUCACAACGUAGACCCCCGGAGACUGAGGCUGCAAUGGCUGCGAGGUUCGGGACCCCUAAUACUGUUAUCCAGUAGUGAUACCCCUUUUUCAUACACAUCAUACCUCUUCCACCUAGAGCGUCACUUCGCAGGCAUGAUAGACAGAAACAAGACACAAAUGCUUCAAGAUGCAGUGACCGGGACGAUUUGAGGUCCAUUGUUUUUGGUCUGUCUCUGGGACUAAAAUGGAGCUCCAGACCUUUGUGGUACUACUUGAGGCGAAAUAGCGCCUCUUCCCAAACGUCAGGCUUGUCCCCGGAUCUGACCAGAGGGCUGGCUCCCUUUGCUCAGCCGUAGACGAGCAGGAUGAAAAUAACCAACCCAGAAUGCAAUCCGUACGAUCCUGCUUCUAUGCUCGGAAUGUUUCGCAGAUAUCUUAGUCGAGCAUGGGCGAAUCAGCCUCAUCUAUAUAGCUGGACCUCGAUGAUAACUACGCUGUAAGCCUCUGCGUAGGUUAAGCGGGCUGUAAUGAGCAGCUAGAUGUGGCAUAUGUCGAUGCCGCCAUGGUAUCAUGCCUUCUUCUGCGGUAUGGCAGCAGCACCUCCUGAACGGUGUUGUCCGGCGAAUUGGGUCAGCUCGUGACUUGUAUCUUCUCCUU